AUGUUUGAAGCUGUGUCGUUUUUCCGGUCGAGCACGAGCACGAGGCGUAUUCGUAUGGUUUCGAAUACGCGGAUACAUGUAAUAUCGACGACAGGUUUUCAUUCUCGCGGUCCUCAUGCCUUGGACUACGCAACUCCAGCGAAAACUUCGACGACAACUGCAACAGCAAUAACAACGGGGAGGAGGACGAGGACGGAGGCUACUCCGAACCCUUCAUCAUCGGAGGAGAAGGAAGAGGGGUCUUCAACAGAGCUGAACCCGACGGUGGCAAAAACACCAAAAAAGGCGCCAAGUCUCGCUGAAGCAGAUGAAGAACUACGAAGAAGGUUGGAAGAGAUUUCGGGAGAGGGAGGAGCGAGCGGUGUAGAAACCGAGGACGGGAAGCCGACAAACUCGCGCGCAAUAUGCAGAGAGACACAGAAAUCAGGAACUGCUCUAUUUACGCCGCGUCGUCUUCAGCUUCGGACCGGAAUUGUCUUCACGCUUGGAAAAUUUUAA